UUCAAGUCUUUACUUCUGUCCAUUCAACAAAUUCCCGCCAGAACAGACUCACUGUUAGCACACUGCGUUGUCGAAAAUAACAUUUUGGUGGUGGACGUGUUGCAACAAAUCAUUUGUUAUCAACAUUCCAGUAAAUUAUCAAAAUGGUAAAAGCUCCAAUGGACGUGUAUCGUCAAACUUUAGCUGGAUACAUUGAUGAUGAUGAUAAAUUGGUGACUUAUAAAUGGUUAAGCAAGGAGCUGGAGGUUCACGUGAAUACAGCAAAAGCAAUUCUAGAAGAUUACUGGGAAAGGCACAAGAAUGAUGGAAUUGUUGCAACGGUGAUGCUAAUUGGGCACACAAAGGAUGCAGCAAUUCGAGUUGAAGUCGUUAAAGAGUCUGAUCUUGAGGAAGCCUCCAAAAAGUACGACAAGAUCAUUUCUCAGCAUCUAUACAGUCUCCAGAAGACUCUGCCCAACAUUGAAACGUUGGUGAAUGCUGGAAGAGGUGAUACUAAAUUUGCAGCAAUAAAAUGUAAAGAGGCGGUGAUUCUCAGUGAUGAGGAGUUAUUUUCAAGGAGAUGGGGUUCUACAAUCGAGUACCAAGCCCCUUUUGACGAGAAGAAUCAACCACCUCCUCCUCCAGUUAAGACAAAAGAGCCAGUGAAUCCAUUGAAACAAGCUUUUGCUAAAGCUAAACCUGCAGAGGAGAUAGAGAAAGAGAAAGAAACUAGCAAAGCAGAAUCUAAAACUGAAGUGAAAAAAGUCUCACCUCCCGGUAAGAAUGGGGAUAAAAGAGGCGUUAUUUCAAAAAAACCUGUGCAAUCCACUCAAAAAGGAUUCAGCGCUCUUUUUGGGAAAGUACAGAAUCAAAAUCAGAAGAAGUCACCUCCAUCUACUUCAAAUGAAGCCAAACUCGCUGAUACUUCAAAAACACCUAUAAAGGCAAAUUCAAAGAGUAAUGGUGAGAGCCCCAUGGAUAUGGAUGACCAAGUCAUUGAAAUAAAACCUCAUGAAAAAUCUAAAGAAGAAACAUCAUCCGCAGUUAAAGAAAAGUCUCCAGAAAAUGUUAAAAGUCAAUUGGCCUCCUCCAGGAGCGAUAAAAAAUCUUCAUCGUUAAAAAACAGACAAGCUGAUAAAAAAUGUGCGUCUCCAGAAGUCAACAAGUCCACCAUAAGCAACACAAUAAAAACAGAAAAAUCUAGAGAGUCAUCUCGAGGUAAAAAGCGUGAAAGAAGUCAAGAUUCUCAGAAGGACUCGAAAAAACGAAAACGAAUUGUUGUGGUUUCUGAUUCGAGUGAAGAGUCUGAGCCUGAGGAGGACGCUGAUCCCUUUGGCACUUCAAUAACAGAGGAACCAACUGUGAAACCGAGAUCUCCAUCGCCUCCGUCUGUAGUGAGAAUCGAGGGAAAGAAAAAAGUUCGUAAAGUUGUGGACAAACAUUUUGUGGAUGAGGAUGGAUUCAUGGUCACAAAGAAGGUUCAAGUGAUGGAGAGUUGUUCUGAGGAUGAAGAAGCUCCUGAACCUCCUAAGGAGAAGAAAGCAAAUCCCCCCAAGAAAUCAGAAAUUUCUAAAGUGAAGAAGAACACUAAGCAACAGUCGAUCACGAAUUUUUUCAAAAAAUCGUAGAAUUAUGCU